UUGUUGUUGUUGUUGUUGUUGUUGUUGUUGUUGUUGUUGUUGUUGUUGUUGCCCAUGGCAGCAGCAGUCUGCCGUCAGACUCUGGUCAGUCCUCCUCAGGGUGCACUUCGGGCGGAGCUCCUCUCUGCAGCUCUGUGUGUGUGCGGCGGGUCGUCGUGCGUGUCUCCGCUCGGCUGAUGGGGAUUCCGGUUUUUCCAGUCGGCUCCUCCCGGUUUAGACCGCAGCAGCUCUGAGUCCCGCAUCAGUGCGAGCAGCAGCAGCAGCAGGAUGGCCUCCCACACCGCCACCAUGGGGAACCUGCCCAGCGGGAUCGGAAUAUGCACCACCAUCCCCGACAUCCUCUACCUGCCGGAGCUGAUCUUCGGUGGUCUCGUGUGGAUCCUGGUUGCGUGCACGCUGGUGGUGCCAGAGAACCCUCAGGGCUGGGUGAUGUUCGUCUCCGUCUUCUGCUUCGUCAUGACUUUCAUCUGGAUGGUGGUGUUCGCCUGCGGGGGGCAUCACAACAAAGGCAGCUGGGCGGCAGCAGACUUUGCGUAUCACGGCAUCGCUGCCUUCUUCUACCUCAGCGCCUCGGUGGCUUUGGCCAAAGUGACUCUGGACAUGAAAGACGGGAGCAGCUUCCAGAACUACCAGCUGGACAUCUCUGCAGUGGUCUUCUCGUACGUGGCGACUCUGCUCUACUUCAUCCACACCAUCCUGUCGGCCAUCAGGUGGAAAUCUUUCUGAACCACAACAGAACUGUUUUUAUUCUUGGCAUUGGAGACUGACUGCUGUGGCUCUGGGAGAAGAAGCACCACCUGGAUCAGCGGAUCUGAAGUGAUGAGCGGCGGUUUCGUUUGGUCAGAAACUCGUUCUGUCCAGAUACUGUGGAGCCUGUCGAGAUGAAUCACCAGAGAGUAACAUAAAGCUUAAAAUCAUAAUCUCCAUCAUUUUACUGCUGUUUCUGAGGGUUUCUGUUAUUUUGUCCACACUCACAUGUUUCCUCCUCUGAUGUUUCUGCUCUAAUGACACGGCUUCAUUUGGUUCUUCUUUUUCUACUCUCAGCUGAUCAAAGAUGUGGCUCGUUUUUUUAUUUUUAUAAGUUUCUAAACAAGAAAUUUUUAACUGGAUGUGGAUCAGAACAGGAAACAGAACCAAGGAACCUAUAACAGGAACGUGAUGUCAUUGUUCAAACACGCCUCUUCAGGGGUCACGAACUGAAGUAAUGUUUCACCACCUCUCAAGUCCACGCUUAUGAAUGAAGUGUCUCCAAUGAACAUGUAGCUAAUGACUGGCUCAGAGUUUAGAUGAGGUAUUAUCAGGUCCCAACCGCAGUCAGUAGCUCGACCAGAAGAUCAUCUGACAUGCAAAUAAAUCAUGAAAUGUACCUUUAACACACGUGAAACAUGAACUAAAGAACAAAGCACCAAAAACCAGGUGCCUCCAUCUGACUGAUGACCUGUGAAACUGGGAGAGGACAGACAGAGGCGAGAUGUUCUGUCGAGGCGUCGACAUGUUGGGAUUUAAUGUGUUUGUCCAUGAAUCUCCCAGAGAGGCCAACAGAACCGACACCGCCUGUGUUUGAACAUCCCGUCCUUCUGUUAUAGGCUCCUUGAAUUCGACCAGGGUCUUAGUUAUGAUGGUUUUUAAGCCUUUAUAAGAGACUGAUUUUGUAAAUUCCUGAGACUACUGAAUGUUUUGAAAAAGAAUAAAUAUGUUUU